GGCCCGGUACUCUUUGAAAUAUAGCCUUAAAAAAACAUUAACUUAAGUGCUAUUAAAGACGGUGGCUGGGCAGUUCUUGCAUCUGAACUUGUCCAAAACUCUAUGUUUAAGUGUGAACACACGGAGCUAAAUUUUGUUUACAGAACCCAUAGGUGAUAAAACUAAAAAUAUGAAAGUAAAUUAUUUAGAACAGACUGUCCAACCUUAAGGUAAUACUCGUUAUAGUAAUCGUCGUCCAGUAUAAAAAAAAGACUAUAUAUAUAAAUACCACAUAUCAGAAUGACGCAAUAGACAUUUGGCGACGUUUUUUAUAUUCGAGAUGCACUUGUACCUGCUGGAGUUGGAGACCGAUUACUCAGGUGUCGUCACUCGGGCUUGUAGCAGGCGAGUCCAGUAAGAUGGGAAACUGUGUGUAGCUUAGGAAUAUAGGCUCAAUUUUUGCACCGUACCGACGGAGACAGCUUGCCGUAUAAACAUUGUGAAGGUUCUACUUCUAGAAAAAGCGUGAAAUGUUAGUUCAAACAAUUAGUCUCGUAGAAGGCCCCUGCAAAGGUGAAUAGUGAAAAUGUGAGAAGUGCAAUAGAGGCUGACCUACCCCAAAGUUCACCGGUGUAAAGUCUCAAGCGUAGUAAAUGUAAAAACAUUAUAUUUGCUCGCCUCAUUAAAUGCAGCAUAAUUCGAGCAGGCAUUAAAAACGGAGACCCAGAUGUAAAUGCAACUGAAUUAGCGGGACAUCAGCCUAACGAAAAUGUGCAGCUGCAAAAGCUUAUGAUUAGUGUGUAGUGAUGAUACGCAGAUCUUAUCCUAUAUAGGUUCAUGAGUGCCUACUCCGUUGAUUGUAGCUGAAGUAUACAAUUGGAAAUGAUCCAAAAAGUUCCCAAGGUAGUCAAGAUUAGCUAACAAAGUAAAUCGUUCUUGUUCCACGACAACGCUUGAGUACGACUGGAGGCUUUUUAUCAUCCCAUCACACUCGUCACGCAUUGCUGCCACAGAUUACCGUUACAAAAUUACAAGAACUCGAUAUAAUGACAUGGGAAAUAGUUUAGUUCUCAACAUAACGCCAAAUUGUGUUUCAUAGAUUCUCGUAAUCCAAACUUCUAUAGAGCGGAGUAAACAAGUCAUCUUUGCAACACCAAAAAGUCAUAGAUGGUGCAUUUCGAUUGAAGAAAAAAGAACUAAGCAUAAUAGAAGGUUAAAGUAGACUGCGUCAAGGUGCAAUAAGGUAAAUAACUUCGUUUCAAUACGCAUUUAUGAGAUCAUCUAUAUUGUCUGAUAAAGCAAUUUAUAGCUGUUUUAAUAACUAACGUACGUGGUUAACUUCAGUAGAAUCCGUAGAAUGUUACAGUUCGGCAAAAACUGUGCUAACUGAGAUUAAUGAUGUCUGCGUCUGCCCAAUUCUAUGAAGUCUGAAUUUUACAUGGUGUUCCUGUAUAUGAUGAAAGUAAACCGCUGUAUCUAAUAAUAGUGGAUCGAUAGCCUGUCUUGAACGGGCCGAGAGUCCUUUUUCAAGCUUGGCAUUGUUCUGAUAAUGUCAAUGCUCUUCGUAUAGCUUUAGACCACAGGUACAAAAUCAUAUUACUCAAUCUACUUCACUGUUUUAAUCAAUAAUAAAUACACCUUGAAGAACUUCGUGACAGAAGUAAUUAAGUUGGCUGUAUUUUCGUAAUUCAUUUAGUAUUGAAAUUAGCGUUAUUGACUGUAUUGAAAGUAUUACCUAUAUUCAAAUGGCUGUUAAAACGAACUGUUGCGUUCAUGGUUACAAAUUGCUUCGAAAGAUGUGGAAAAAACGUCGAUUAGCUGUCAACGUACAGUCGCCAUAGGCAAAAGUAGGUAUUAUCUAAAAGAAGUCCAUAUUGCAUCAUGGCGUGCAUGAGAGAGAUUCGAGGCUGAACGAAGGGGAGAGGAGGCCAAGGCAUUGAGCGGAAUUUUUUGGCGGGAAUGAGCCUCCCAAAUGCGGUUCAGUUUGCCGCGAUAGUUCAUUCAGUCAGCUGUUGAUAGACAGAAGACUGUUCCGUCCUAAUUCGAGCUAGCUGAGGCAGGACCAGGCGAAGACUUUGAAAUACGUCACAGAACCUUUCUUCGGAGCACGCAUUUGUGUCAUUGAAUUAGAAGUGCUUCUUGGCAGAACUCAUGGAGAACUACUGUCCGAACGUUUCACGUCCGAUAGUCAAGAAGACCAAUCAUCCAUUUAUUAUCCUGGUAGAGGGUAAUAUUGGCAGCGGCAAGACGACUUUCCUUAAGCAGUUCGAACACCUUCCAAACGCAACCGUUAUUCCUGAGCCCGUGAACCGAUGGACAGCUGUCGGUGGACAGCACAAUCUGUUACAGCUAAUGUAUGAGGAGCCAAAAAAGUACGCAUUAGCAUUACAAACCUAUAUUCAGCUGACGAUGCUCCAGAAUCAUCGUCAUCCUGUAACAACGGAAUUCAAGUUGAUGGAACGAAGUCUACACAGUGCGAGAUAUUGCUUUGUGGAAAAUCUGUUUCGCAGUGGUGUGCUGAGCGAGGUAGAAACAUUGGUUCUCGAUGAGUGGUUUCAGCAUUUAAUAACGGCUGAAGCUGCCGCGUGCAAGGCUGAUGUGGCUGUCUAUCUCCGAACAGAUCCUGAGGUGGCUUUAAGGCGGAUACAGCUUCGUGCACGUGAAAGCGAGAAAACAGUUGGAUUGGACUAUCUGCGUUCGCUGCAUGAACUUCACGAGGAGUGGUUUCUGAAGCAGAGUUAUUUUCCUCUCCCAUGCGAAAGAAUUGUGUGUAUCGAUGCAAAUCAAACAGCCGACAUCGUUCGUGACGAAUUUUAUCGGCAAAUGAGCCGAUUCAAUAUCAACCCUCAACAUCGUCUCACAAAACAAGGAUGCAACACCAUAAAUGAAGACUAACUUAUCCCAUGAGUCGUUUCAUACAGGAUAUGUGUAGACUUCGUGUUAGAUUUUCAAACUUCUCGACUGUAUGAGACUGGCUGAGUAUACCUAUUACUAAAGGUUGACCAUAAACCGAUAGGCUAAUAAGGACGCGACAGAUAGAUGCUUCUCGCCUCAUGUGUGAUUGUUUCGUGUACAGAAAAAUUGAGACGUUGUUAUACCUUAAUAACUGCAUACUAUCACCAUCAAAACGGCAAGCUGCAAUUCAUUUUAGUGGUUUGUUAGCUUCUUCCAUUUGUCAGCCACAGAAAUAACUCCUCUGUUGUAAGUACAUGUUGAUAUGUAGAAACAUAAGGCCCUUCCAGGCCGUACCACCCAAUGCGAUUAGAACGAGUUUAGCAAUGGUCAUCAAUACGAUCACACGUAAUUGUACGGUCCUGUGUAUACCGAUGCACCAAUUCGUUCAAGGCAGAGCAGAAAUAGGCAAAAUCUAUUAAUAUAUAUCUAUCUAUCUAUCUAUCUGACGUUGACGUGCGUAUUAGUUCAUGUGGGUUGCAGACCCACAAAAAUGCAUCUAGACAUAUAAAGUGUACACAAAGCAAGUAUUUCAAGUAUUGCUAACAUUUUUUGCAUGUUUUGUACUUAAAGCUUUAAACCGUGCACAUAUUUACAUGAAGAAUAGAACAUAGAAAUGUGGAUAUUCUUUUUGUAGUAGGCCAAUCAGGGUAAUUUUGAAAAAGUGGGGUUCACUAUACUAUAGAAUACUUGGAGUAUCAUUGGUUGGAUUAAACUGAAUGGAAACGUUUUAAAAAAUGUUUGCGUAAGUGAAGCUCACACCGAUCUGUUUAGGCUAUAAUUAUUAAUGGCAAUUAGUUGAAUGUUAGUCAUGCCGAGAUAACCUUCUAGAGGAUUGAGCUUGACGAAGCUUAGAAAUUAUAAUUUCCUAUAAGCUAUACAAGAAGUAAGCAUUCCUAUGCGUUCGGCACUUGUUUUUCUGAGAAUAAACUAACGCGUCUCUGAUUAUAUAUGUUUUGCUUUAAGCAUUUGCUUUAAAGCAGACGCAAAUGAUGAAAUAGUGAUGAACCAUUGCUCGAAAGCGUCAUGAAACUGAAGUAAUUCUUUGCAAAUCAGGGAAAUUGACAUGCCUCGAAGGCUUAAGAUGAAUAUAGCAGAAAAAUAGCAAUUGUUUUUUUUAUAAACAAACCCAUAACGGUCCAAACAAUCCCUAAGUUACCCAUACUGUACCGUACAUGCCAAAAGGGUUGCUCAAGGUAAGAUCUUUAUUGUUUAGAAUAGCCUUACCCUUUUUAUAUGCUAAGCUUUAUUGGUGGAUUCGAUAUAUGUUUGUCCCAGUAUAAUGUUGCGUAUUUUUUGUUUUAUAAUGCAUUUUCAGCUAACUUAGCUCACAAAAAAAUAUGUUCAAAGUCAUCGCGGUGUAAAUACAUCGAUUUGAUAUUCAGCAUAUUAGAGAUUGGUUUCCCACUACUUAAUAUCGAACUAUUUAUAUACGUGAACCUCAGUGUUAUGUGUCAAUUAGGAUAGCUCGCAGAAGACAAAAAAAGAAAGUGCGAUUAUAUCUAUAUGCGUAAAUAGUUUCCAACAAAAUUUUUAAAAAAUCGAAUGGUAGGUUUGCAUAUUAUAGUUUACGCUCUUUGGUCCCUUUUAGCUGGAUCAUUAUUUUACCAGGACGUAAGUUACUGCUAGAGAUGCCUAUGUUGGAUGCAAGAACUAGAAACUGAAUGAAGUGACACUCGAUAAGCCCUGUGGAAAGAAAUCGUCUUUUUUUUUCCAAAGUACACCCGCCUUCAGAGAAAUUUUCUUUUUUUUGAUAUAUGACCUUAAUGUAACUUUAAGGGUUAGCGGUCCACUACAUAUAUUAACAACCUAGUAAUAACCCAUUAGCUUUUAUUAUUAAUAUGUUGCGCUUUCGUAUC